ACGGGAGUACGAGCAAAGUCGGGGCCGGAGCAAACCUCGCAGCCGUAGUCCCGACCGGAGUCGGGCCAGGAGUCUUGGAAGGAGCAAGAGCCGUCCCCGUAGCCAGAGUCGCAGUCCGAAACGGAGCCGGGCCAAGAGCCGGGGCCGAAGCCGCAGUCCGGACCGGAGCAGGGCCAAGAGCAGGGCCAAGAGCCAGAGCCGCAGUCCAGACCGGAGCAGAGCCAAGAGUCGGGGCCGCAGCAAGAGUCGCCCCCGGAGCAGGUCUAAAUCUAGGUCCAGAUCCAGGUCUCGAUCCAGAGGAAGGAGUCGAGGACGAAGCUACAGCAAAGGGACGAGCUAUGCUCGCAGUAAGAGCCGUCAGAGGAGCCGCAGUCGCAGUGCAAGCAGCAGCUCAAGCAGCCGCAGCAGAAGUGGUGCCACAGAUUUGAAUAAAGGGUUUAAGGAGCUAGAAAUGGCUCGCCGCAGGAAGGAACUUGAGGAGCUGCUCACGUUACCAACAAAGUCCAUCCUGAAGAAACGCAGCUCCGAGGACUCGCCAUCCGUCAGGAGCACGGACUCUCCUCAAACUCAGGAUGGCUCCAUGUCCCGACUGGCCGAUCAGCUCCUGCAGGCCGUCAAAGGUGCUGACCCUCGCAUGGUGGCGUCCAUGCUUGCGGAGCUGCGGUCUGAUCCACAGAUGGCUCGCCGUGCUGGCCUCGACGCUGAGAUCAAAGAAAUCCUCAGCCUGCUGGGGAUGACAACGCCGGGGCCCAGGACUCAGGAGAAGGUGCUGGACGACAUUGACGACGAGGAGAGAUUCCUCUAUGGCGAUUUGGAGGAACCCAAACCACCGCCGGUGCCAGAGCCAGUCUUGACCCACAGUCUAGACUUGUAUGGAGACGUAACUGAGGAGGCGCUGUAUGGAGACUACCCACAGCAGAAACUGGUCUCUGCUCAGACACACGGAUGUACCCUUCAGCCCCCUCACUCCACGGACAGUUAUGUGAGCCGGCCCGCCAUCAGCCCCGACCACAACACCACAGCCCAGGUGUCGAACCCCGCUCACCCACCGGGGAACGAGCCCCUGGAGGAGAGCGAGCGCCAGGCACUAGAAGAGUACGAGAAGAUCCAGGAUCUGCUUAAAACCAUCGGUCUGGACCUUGGAGUGGCCGAAAUUACCAAGAUGGCCGCCAGGACCAAAGAGCGUCUCCACGGGAAGAAACCCCCUACAAAGACGCCCACGCGGCGCAGACGGUACUCCUCCGACAGCUCUGAUGGCAGCCGGCAGGGCCGUAGGUCACGAAGCCACAGUGGCAGCUCUAGCAGCACCAGCCGGAGCCGGAGCCACGGACGCGGUGCCACUGGCGCCGGCUGGAGCAGCGACGAGGAUGACCGCAGGAAGAGCUCAGCUUCGCUCAAAUCUCACCAAGACCGUGACAUUAAAGAGGAGAAAGGCGAGUGGAGCAACACGGCAGCGCCGCCCUGUCAGACUCCAGAGCCAAGCUGCCACCCCCCUCAUCCAGGUGUACCCAUCCCCACCUACCCCCCUUCGCAGGUCCCCGCCAUGAUACACCCCAGCUACCCGCCACCUGUGUACAGUCAGUAUGGGAAUUACUUGCCCUUCGUACCCCAGCAGUGGCCCCCCACAUAUCCACCCCCAAACAUGAGGAUGCCUCCUCCUACACUUGCUGAGGAGUACCCUCCCACACUACCCUACAAACAGGAUUAUACCCCUGAGCCAGGGGUCAAAGGUUUGGUGAAGAGCUCCACCCAACACGCAGAGAAGGGGAGCGCCAAAGCUGCGAGAGUGUCUGAGGAGCAGAACAACGAGAGCCAGAAACAGAAGGUUCUAGAAGAGAGAGAGAAGCUGAAGCAGGAGCGAGAGAUCAGGAUGAAGAAGAAGGAGUAUCUGAUGAAGGAGCUGGAGAGACUCAGGAAGCAGCAAGGCGAGCUGCUGAGGAAGAAGCGCCGGGAGAAGGAUGGCCACAAGGACCCUCUGCUGCAGGAGAUCAGCCACCUGCAGGAGGAGGUCAUGGCCCAGAUCUCCAACCUCCGCAAGGAGCACGAGGCUGCCGAGAAGAAACGCAGCGAGAUCGAGAAAGUGGCACUCAUCCUUGGCUUGAACCCGUCGGACCGACCCCGCAGGACCAGCAAACCGCCUGAGGUCCAGAAGGCUGAGCAGCAGACUCCACCACAGAAGAAGAAAUGUGAGGCGGAAAGGAGCCCAGAAGGCCAGCCGGCGGCCAGCGGCCCCAUGAUGAAGGUACACUCACCUGCAGAGGAGGUAACAGGAAGUGAUAUCGGAGUUAGAAAGCAUAGCUAGGGUCAGUUAUUGAUCAGAGUUUACUCAGACGAGAUGUGUCGAGAAGCACCGAGAACAUGUUCCUUUAUUCACUCAGUGAGGUUCACCUGCAGACCACUUUGUCCUCUAGAGCUGUUAUUUUGAAUUCAAUGCUUUUAUUUCGGAAGAUUUUACUUUGUGCUUGUAGUUUUGUCUGCCUCAUCAUCACGUCGGCAGUGAAACUAGUUUCCCUGAACAUUAGUUGUUUUAAUGGUUUUAUAUAAAAAUUUUAAUAUAAGAAGUUUAAAUGUUUCAUGACAAGAUUCUGCGAUCUUGUCGCGUUAGAGUGGAAAUAGAUAGCUCAGAGAAAUGAAAUGUUUUUAAAGCUGUGCUAACAAACAAGAAGUUUAUCGGACAUGUAAAGGAUUUGUAUAAUCGCUGGGUGGCGCUAAAGCCUCACUACUGUCUCAUGUAAAUUAGUUUAAUCCAUUCAUCAUCAUAGAAAUGUCUUUGUACUUUUACUACUGUUUGUUUUUGUUACAUUGAGAGUGAGAGCGUGUUUUAAUGCAGCUGUAGUAACAAUAAGACGGUUUGAAAACAUUUCUUUGUGGUCGAGUGAUGUUGUUUAGAGGACCAGUUCAGCUCAGCAAGCUGUGAAACAUAGAAACAGGAAGUCAAAAAAGUAUUUCUAGAAAAUAAAAUAUUAUUUGAAUUCCAUAAAGGAUUAGCAUAUGGGCUCAA